AUGUCGAGCACAGUGGAGGUGAACUCGCGAGCCUUGGGACGAGCGCACCUCUCUCAUCUACCACAACGCCCGGCUGUGAACCUUAGCUUCCAGGACCUUAGUUACACUGUGCAGAAUGGAAAAAGUUCAAAGAUAAUCCUGCGCAGUAUCAACGGUGACUUUCGGUCGGGGCAGCUGACUGCCAUCUUGGGUCCCUCGGGCGCUGGCAAAAGUACAUUACUGAACAUACUAGCUGGAUAUAGGGUAGCAGGAGCGUCAGGAACAAUAUUCACCAAUGGCGAGCCUCGAGACCUCCACCAGUUCAGGAAGCUGUCCAGAUACAUCAUGCAAGAGGACUUACUGCAACCGUACAUCACGGUACAGGAGGCCAUGAUGAUUGCUGCUGAUCUCAAGUUGGGGAACGGGAUUACUAAGGAGAAGAAGCUGGUUAUAGCCGAAGAAAUCAUUCAACUGUUAAGGCUACAGAAAGCAAGGAAUACAGCAACGGAGAGGCUAUCAGGAGGUGAAAGGAAACGAAUUUCAAUAGCUCUAGAACUACUCAACAACCCACCAGUUAUAUUCUUGGAUGAACCUACCACAGGUCUAGAUGACGUAGCAUCUUCAACAUGUGUGUCACUUCUCAAGCGGGUCGCCCGGGGAGGGAGGACCGUGGUCUGCUCCCUCCACACUCCAUCAGCGCGUCUGUUCGCCGAGUUUGACCAUGUGUACGUGGUGGCGGGUGGUCGCUGUGCCUACCAAGGCACUGCACCAGGCGUGGUGCCCUUCCUCAAAGAACUACAGCUGCCCUGCCCUAAGACUUAUAAUCCUGCUGAUUUUAUAAUCGAAGUCUCAAGUGGCGAAUAUGGAUCUCACGUUGACAAAAUGGUAUCAGCUGUGGAAAAUGGGAAGAACCAGCGAUGGAGGACUUAUGCUAUCGAGGAGACUCCAGGGGAGCAAUUUGAGGAGAUGGAGAUUGAACAGCUGAACACUGGAGGUGUUGAGAAGCAUAACUAUAAGCAUGGAUGUUCAGCUUGCCAGCAGUUCAUUGUUUUACUAAAGAGGAUGUUAUUACAGACAGUUAGGAAUAAGAGCUACCUAUGGUUACGCGUCGGCUUACAUUUGUUCAUAGGAUUCAUUGUAGCCAGUUUGUUCAACAAGAUGGGUUAUGAUGCUUCGAAGACUAUCUUUAACUUCGGUUUCUGCUAUGCCUGUACUAUUGCCAUGCUGUAUAUUCCUAUGAUGCCGGUUUUACUUGCCUUUCCCACAGAAGUCCAGCUGGUUAAAAGAGAGUAUUUCAACCGCUGGUAUGGUUUGAAGCCCUACUAUGCUGCGCUGGUGAUCUCAAGGACUCCUGCAACAAUAUUCUUUAGUCUUUUAUAUGUGGUCAUUGCUUACCCUAUCACAUCACAACCCAUGGAGCUGGAUAGGAUAGUCAUGUUCGCCUCUACGUGUAUACUUAUAGCUCUUAUAUCAGAGUCUAUGGGGACUGUUAUUUCGUCUAUGUUGAAUGUUGUGAACUCGGUAUUCAUGGGUCCAGCAAUGAGCGUGCCGUUGAUGCUGCUAGCUGUUUAUGGCAUUGGCAGUGGAGAUGAUCCUUUGCCAAUCGUAUGGAGAUUGGCAAGAGCAUGUUCCUUCCUCCGUUAUGGUAUUGAAGGCUUAGUAGCAGCAAUAUACGGGCCUCCCAGAGAUGAUCUCAUUUGCCCAGACCAUGUAGACUAUUGUGAAUAUAAGAAUGUUGCUUACUUCGUAAAAUUGAUGGGAAUGUCUGGCGUAUCAUUUUGGGUGGAUUUCAGCGUUUUAGUCUGUAUCUUACUCGCCAUGAAUCUCACUGGAUAUUAUCUUCUACGGCAACGGUUGUCGCCUAACUACGCUUUCAGAGCCAUCAAGGUAAUAGGCAACUUCAUCAAGACAAAGAUGAGCUCCUACUCAUGA